CCACCGGCGGAAAUGGCACGAGUUUUGGUGAUAGCAUCAGUUCCACCUCCGCCGACCGACUCAUAGUAGAAGGACUUGCUUAGAAUCGUGAAAUCAAACUGGAAGCAGUUGCUUUGAACGUGUCCCAUUGUUUAGGGCUGAAUAUACUUGGUGUUGACCUAGGGAUUUUUUUAUGUGAAUGGUAACAAAUUUUAAUAAGGAUUUGCCUCGCUAUAGGGGUUAAGUCCUCGGUGGAUUUGAGUAUGAUUUGCUGAAUUAGAAACGAUUUAGUUAACGUUGUCUGAUCAUUCGUUUGGUGGCUGAAAUUAUCAUGUACCCUAUUCUAGUUUGGUGAAAUGUGUGGGAGUGAAUUAAGGGAUGAAAAAAAUAGAAGUAAUGAGGGAGUGUUUUCCAGUGAAUCUAGGUAUUUUUUAAGAGCAAACAGGGAGGUUUUGUUGGACAAACCCACCUGCAGUGUUAAUAAUUGGCUUAUCGGAUUAGGUAGUUUGACCGAGCUUGAGUUUCAGUGGUAACUCAGUUAACCGCAAGGUUCGGUGUAUAAGGACUCAGUGCAAGGAGAUGAAGUGAAGUAGGGAAAGCAAGUGAUUAAAUUUCAUUGGACGAACACGGAAUUGCAUCGAUUUAUGCGUUAUUGAUGAAGCAUUUGGAGUUUAUUAAGACAUUCUAUCCGAUCCUUGUUUCAUCCAACGUUGAAGAGUUAUUUGGAUAGAAUGGAUUUGCAAAUAGAUGAAUCUAAAUUCAUUCUGAUAUCUGGAAGCACGGCAGGCUCCUCUUUGCCCAAUAGAAUGGAGUCUUGCAGCAGCAGGGGAUAAAGUGCUGAUUUGCAUCAUGUUGUGGUGAAGUUAUUCUUCAAUAGGAAUUUAAUAUCUAUUUGGUAAUGUUCUAGGUAGCAACAUGAACACAACCGAAUUCCCCCUGGAGCCUAAUGCCUUAUUGAGUACAUUUCCAUAUUGGAACCUGACGUCGGGAAGCGGGGAUGAACUCUGCGGGAGAAAGUGUGACGGGAACUCAACCACGAUUACUUCGCAACCAUCUGUGUCAGGAUUUUUCAAUUUGCCGUGGGAGAAAGGAUGUAUUGUGAUCCUGUGCCUCUUGUUGAUUUUCAUUACCGUAAUUGGAAAUACUCUUGUGAUACUGUCCGUAUUAACGACCAGGCGAUUACGAACCGUUACAAAUUGUUUCGUUAUGAACUUGGCCAUCACAGAUUGGCUAGUUGGCACUUUUGUUAUGCCGCCUGCAGUGAUUCUCUAUAUUGUCGGGAGCUGGCAAUUCGGAUGGAUACUCUGCGAUAUUUGGAUUUCGCUUGAUGUCCUACUUUGUACAGCGUCAAUUCUCAGCCUGUGUGCCAUUAGUCUCGAUAGGUACUUAGCCGUAAUACAACCGUUAACAUACUCCAAACGGCGGAGAUCGAAGAGAUUAGCACUCCUUAUGAUACUAGUCGUAUGGAUUGUGGCGUUGGCUAUAACGUGUCCUCCAUUCCUUGGCUGGUAUGAGCCUGGUCGGCGGAACGGCGAGUUUGUUGACUGUCGCUAUAAUCAGAAUAAAGGCUACGUGGUUUUCAGUGCAAUGGGCUCAUUCUUCAUUCCAUUGGCGGUGAUGCUCUACGUUUAUUUGAGGAUUGGAUGCGUAUUAACAUCGCGACGGCAACGAAUGACAUUAACGGAGGUUUCGGAAAAAUCCCAUGACGAAACAUUUCCCACCGAACUGGAGAAUUUACACAUAACACCUAAGCAUAUACCAUACAAGAAGUACGACAAAAAAGGAUAUGAUUCGUCCAGCCUAAACCACCAGACACUUUAUGAGCUUGUGGAAAUAUCACGCUCAUCAUCGACAAUCCGCUGCUCGACAAUAAGUUGUAAAAUAGACUCCAACCAUUCCGGAUUCAAGCCAAUCCAGGCAAUCCAUUUUUGUGAGAGUCAAUCUUCCUUUUCGGAAUCAUGCAUGUCAGCGAGUAAAUUAAAAAUCCAACAACCGACGAAAUGCCAGCGAAUCCCGAUGCGGAUAUCGACUCUGAAGCGUGACACGAAAACUGCGAAGACACUAACAAUGGUUAUGGGAGGAUUUAUAGCAUGUUGGCUUCCAUUCUUUUUGUAUUAUCUCCUAAUUCCAUUUUUGCCCAAGGAGGCUAUCAGUGAACCGCUAAUGUCCUUCCUGACAUGGCUGGGGUGGAUUAAUUGCGGUAUUAACCCAUUUAUUUAUGCAUUUUAUAGUCCGGAUUUUCGGACGGCUUUCUGGCGAUUAACGUUCCGGAAAAUCUGUAAGAAAACUAACCAAUUCACUUUGUUCAAAACUUAAUAUAAUGAAGAUGGGAUGCAACAUAUGUAUAUGACAUUGUACAAGAAUAAAUAAUUUUUGUAUUCUAAUUUAUUUUAGAUAAUUAAUAAAGACAAAUAUAUUUAAA